AAAGUAAAAUCCAAAAGACAAUAUGAGUGGGCUGGACAACCCAAAAAUGGUCCAAAACGCCAAUAUUGUAAUGGGAGAAAUAUAAGUCCUCCUACGGUUUCUCUUCGCGGACUCGCCCUCGAUCUCAGCGAACCGAUCUCCAGAGGGAAGAAUAUACUCAUAAGUAUAAGCAAAUUAGAUCGAGGUUCUCUGAUAAGGUCUUCAAUUUGAUAUUGGCUUGGUACUUGCUUCUCCAAAAUUCAAUAUGGUUGUACUUGCGGCUUCUGUUUUAAGCAAGUCUGGCAAAGUGCUUGUCUCUAGGCAAUUUGUGGACAUGACUCGCAUAAGAAUUGAAGGUCUUCUUGCAGCUUUUCCCAAGUUGGUGGGCACGGGGAAGCAACACACAUAUGUUGAGACUGAGAAUGUUCGAUAUGUUUAUCAACCAAUAGAAGCUCUUUAUUUGCUACUUGUAACCAAUAAACAGAGCAAUAUUCUUGAAGAUUUGGAGACUCUGAGACUGCUUUCCAAGCUGGUACCUGAAUAUUGUUACUCUUUAGAUGAGGAGGGAAUUUGCAAGACUGCUUUUGAAUUGAUCUUUGCUUUUGAUGAAGUCAUUUGUCUUGGGCACAAGGAAAACGUUACAGUUGCACAAGUUAAGCAAUACUGUGAGAUGGAGAGUCAUGAAGAGAAAUUGCACAAGCUGGUAUUGCAGAGCAAGAUUAAUGAAACUAAGGAUGUCAUGAAGCGUAAAGCUAGUGAGAUUGAUAAGAGCAAGAUUGAUAAGAAUAAAGGUGAUAAAGGAGGGUUCAUGUCAAUGGGCUCUGGAAGAAUUGAAAGUAGCUUUAGUGAUAUGAGCAUUUCUAGCAGUGGAAGUGGCUUUGGAAGUAGUUCUGGGUUGGGAUUAACAACUGAAGUUGAUUCCUUCUCUACCAAGUCUAAAGGCCGCCAACUGUCAUCUGCAACCGCCCCUCCUAAAGGUCUUGGCAUGCAGCUUGGUAAAUCACAAAAAACAAACCAGUUCUUGGAAUCUCUGAAAGCAGAAGGUGAACUGAUAGUUGAAGAUGUGCAGCCAAGGGCAGGCCAGGCCAGAGUGGCUGCAGCUGCACCUACUGAUCCCAUCACUUUGACUGCUGAGGAGAAACUCAAUGUCACUUUGAAAAGAGAUGGUGGGAUAAGUAACUUUGAUGUUCAAGGAACUUUGUCUCUUCAAAUUCUUAACCAGGAAGAUGCCCUCAUCCAAGUUCAGAUUGAAACUGGGGGUAAUCCUGGCAUUCUUUUCAAGACGCAUCCCAACAUGAACAAGGAGUUAUUUUCCAAUGAGAACAUUCUAGGGUUGAAGGACCCUAAUAGGCCUUUCCCCACUGGUUCUGCUGGGGAUGCAGCUGGUGUUGGUCUCUUGAAAUGGAGAAUGCAAAGUGCAGAUGAGUCAAUGGUUCCAUUGACCAUCAACUGUUGGCCUUCGGUUUCUGGAAAUGAAACUUAUGUUAGCAUUGAAUAUGAAGCUUCUGCCAUGUUUGAUCUGCGAAACGUUGUGAUUUAUGUACCUCUCCCAGCUCUUCGGGAGGCCCCAAAUGUUAGGCAGAUUGAUGGUGAAUGGAGAUAUGACUCCAGAAAUUCUGUCUUAGAAUGGUCCAUACUUCUCAUUGAUAGCUCUAACCGCAGUGGAUCAAUGGAGUUUGUUGUGCCUCCAGCAGAUUCAUCUGUGUUCUUCCCCAUUUCUGUCCGUUUUUCAGCAACGAGUACAUACAGUGACCUGAAGGUUGUGAACAUCAUUCCCCUGAGAGGCGGUGGAGCUCCUCCCCCGAAGUUCUCCCAGCGAACAAAUUUGAUUACAGAGAAUUAUCAAGUUGUGUGAUGAACGACUGUAAUAAUAGGUGACAAGUUUCUACUGCAGUUACACAGCGAGUACACUUCAAUCUAUGAUUCAAACAACAGCUGCACCUUUCUUUUUGCAUCUUCAUAAAAUAUUUUACAUAAGUGAUUUGCUAGACUUGCAAUUUUAUCAGUCGUUUUUCGUCA